GCCCGCCGCUCCCUCGCGGCGUGCCAGGACCGCCCCUCCCCGGAGUAACCCGCCUCGCCCGCCCGGCUUGAUUCACGUGGCUCUCGGGGUGGAGCGGCAGCCAAAGCGGAGACCGAGGAGGGUGGGGGAAACAAAAGGCAGCUGUCAAAGGAAGAGAGCGGCGCGUUUGGCGGCGGCGGGAGCAGCGGCCCAGCCCGGCAGGAGCAGAACUGAAUUGCUGCAAAGAAUCAUUUCAUUCUAGCAACUGGGGAAGGUGCAUGAAUGCACAAAUUGGGGAAUGGCGGUCAACGUGUAUUCUACCUCUAUAACCCAAGAGACUAUGAGCAGACAUGACAUCAUUGCAUGGGUGAACGAUAUAGUAUCUUUAAACUACACAAAAGUUGAACAACUAUGUUCAGGUGCAGCUUACUGCCAGUUCAUGGAUAUGUUGUUCCCAGGCUGUAUUAGCUUGAAGAAAGUUAAAUUUCAAGCAAAGCUGGAACAUGAAUAUAUUCAUAACUUCAAACUUCUACAAGCAUCAUUUAAACGAAUGAAUGUGGAUAAGGUAAUUCCAGUGGAGAAAUUAGUGAAGGGGCGCUUCCAAGACAACUUGGAUUUCAUACAGUGGUUUAAGAAAUUCUUUGAUGCUAACUAUGAUGGGAAGGAAUAUGAUCCAGUGGAGGCCCGGCAAGGCCAAGAUGCUAUUCCACCGCCUGAUCCUGGUGAACAGAUCUUCAAUUUGCCAAAAAAAUCUCAUCACGCAAACUCUCCUACAGCAGGUGCUGCCAAAUCCAGUCCUGCUUCAAAACCGGGCUCCACACCGUCUCGUCCAUCUUCAGCAAAAAAGACACCACCAAGCAGCUCAGCAUCCAAAUCUGAUAAAGAUUUGGAGACACAAGUCAUACAGCUCAGCGAACAGGUACAUUCAUUAAAACUUGCACUUGAAGGUGUGGAGAAGGAAAGGGAUUUCUAUUUUGGAAAGCUAAGGGAGAUCGAGCUUCUCUGUCAAGAACACGGGCAGGAAAAUAAUGACCUUGUCCAGCGGCUAAUGGAAGUACUGUAUGCUUCAGAAGAACACGAGAGCCACACAGAUGAACAUGAAGGUGAGGACCAGGUUCAUGAACAGCCCCAGCAGCAGGAAGAGUACUGAAAAAGCCUGGCACAUUUGCUACUUUUUAAUUUUGUGUGGGAACUUAUCUUCUGAAGAAUGGAACGUGUGUGGCCUCAGACUUGAAACCAAUCACUCUCAGUCUGCCAUUAACAUAAAUGUACCAUAGUGAGUGUCAGCCAGCAGCUGCAUUCUGUACCCAUCCUUUGCCAACAUGUGUUUGCAGAAGUCUCCUUUCAGGAUAUGCACCUGAGAAGGUCUCCGGGCUCUGUCCCCAUUUUCUACCAAUGCAACUUCAAAUAUUUGGCUGCUUGAGAUUUGUUCAGCUUUUAAAAAUAUAUAUAUAUAAUAUAAUAUA